UACGGACGCUCUUCAGAUGGCUCAGUUGACGGUAAAGAAAUUUGAUAUUGUAGGAGCUAUUGAUUAUCUUUUCGAACAAUUUCAGAAACGAUAUCUAUUUUUGAUGAUAGACGAACUUAGUCACCUAAGUUACCUCACCAAAUACUAUAGUGAACUCGACGAGGAACAGUUCGUUGAGUCCGAUCCAGGUUAUAUCCCGUAUCGCAAAUUUUUUCGAACUGUAUAUGAGUUGCUUAAUACAGGAAAAGUUAUCUUGUAUAUUGCUGGGCGAACAGCUGAAAUCUCAGCCCGCCUGUCUGAUACUCGCUCCAGUAGUGUCACCCUCCAUAUGUUGCGGUUGAAUCCCUUUAACCUCCAUGAUAUUAACGAAUAUAUUGAGCUGGCAACUUAUGAUGGAAAGCCCUUGAAGGACUGCUUAUUACCCUCAGAUAAUUUACGAUAUCGAUUCGUAGAAUUGUUGAAAAAGAAGACAGGGAGUAUUCCGUUGAUUGUCAGGAACACUUUUUUAGCAUUAAUAAGAAUGCAACACGAAGCCCAACCUGUUAUCAACGAUGACAAUAUGGAACCCUUAUUGGAUGAAAUCUUUCGCUCUGUACUACUAAAAUCGAGAACGUUUAUUAUUCCAGAGAUACUAGAUUCCGCAACCCCUCUUCGAUAUCAAUUUGUCUUUUUGAAUUAUCAGCUCGGAACAGUUUUUCCAAUUGACUUUGUAAUUACUCUAUGUGGAACGAGAACUUAUUUGAUGGACUUGGUUGUAACUUUUGGGUUUUACUCUGAAGGUUGUGGAAUUGACGGGAUUGAUAUGGGCACCAAAUUCAAGAUUGGCUAUUGUGAAUUUAGAUUGAGAGCUCAUAGCAACUAUAAAUUUUUCCGUGAGGCUAAUCAACUCUUUCCUUUAUCUCCGUUUAGUUAUAUUCCCGACACUUCAACAGCAAAGGGAGUCUUCUUUGAAUUUGGUUCUUUUAUUGAACAGGACAAUGUUUCUUAUUCUAUGGAAUCAACAAUAUGUUAUGAUAUACCCAUCUUGAGAGAUGUCCCUGGUUCAUUUUCUGAUCAUUAUAGAAAAUAUUUACAACAUUGUGGUACUUUUGUUCUAAAGGAGGGCAAUUCUAGUGGCCCUGAUGCAUAUGUUGUAUUCCAUAAUGGACAAACACGUUAUGUUGUUGGAUUUUCAUUCAAAUUUUUCAAAACUGAAUUUUCGAAAACAAAUAUUAAGGAAGAAGCCCAAAAACUUUUUAAGGGAGUUGUUUCCGUUUUGAAUGACGAAUCUUUUUCAUCUGUUCAACUUCGUUUUCAGUUUGUAGUGGUAGUUUGUACUAGAUAUGAUCGAUCUGUAGGUUUCUCUACUGAAGAACAUAAUAUUGUUGAAGAUGCAAGUGGUUUUGUGACUCAACAUUCUUCGAGGUCAACUUUGAAUGAAAGUAGUCGAUCAUGUCUGCAAUUGAGAACAAAUGAGGAGAAUCGGAUGCAAAUGGAAAGUUUUCAAAGUGAUAUGCAAGUGGAAAAAGAUACAAUAAGAAGAGAACAAGUAUCGACUGGUAUUACACAUUUUGACUGGAAAGAGUUUCUUUUCAAGUCUGCCUUGUUACCGGAAGAAGUUGCCAUUCGUUAUCAUUUGACAUUUCCUGGUAUAUUUGGAGAUAAUCCUCAAGUGAUUCGAAGAAAGUCACUAGAGUUGAUGGGUAUACCAGAAUGAUACACUCAACAAAUUUUAGUCGCCGCAGUAUUACUGGAA